UCAAAUCUCUGAUUCCAGAAUUCAGUUGAUGAGUAAGCGACCGACGAGUGAGAUUAAUAAACCGCAAGUUAGACUUUAAUUUAAAAAUUAAAUUCAGAAAUGUAGUAGCAAACGAACAGCAACUAAAUAAAGUAUUGCCAUUGGUUUCACUAUUAGUGGACCUCUAAAAAUUUUUCAUAAAAAAGUGUACGUGCGUGUGAAAAAAGUAAAUCCACGUUGGUGUCAAAUUUCGUCGUUGUGAUUAUGCAUAACAUCAAUCUAAAUCGUGCCCGGUAGUAAUUUUUGUUGUCAUAGAGUACACAAGUAUUUAACCAUCUAUCUACACAUUUACUUACACCAAAUGCACACUUCAACACUUUUACGAGAAUAUCUAGUUAGCCAGAAAAAAAGGUUAAUAACGUGUCAAGACACUUAAGCACUGUUCAUAUUGGCAUGUCACGUGCCGCCACUCCUCACUAUUCAUUACUACCACAAGCGUAAAUGUAAUGAUGCCUUCGAAAGCUUUUCAUUUUCGACGCAAUGGCUACGAGGAUCUGGAUAAGUGCAAUCAAUCAUCAGAGGAAAGUCUACCUCGCUUAGCGUGCGUUGAGAGUCGAACCCAAGCGGCAGCCGUUACAGCGUUUGGUCAACGAAAUCAACCAAAGCAUCGCAUUUUCUCAAUUUCCGACACGACAUUAAAUCUUACGCCAGCGGCGACAUCUAACACCAAACACCAUCCAACACCUGCAAACAGCCUGACCCAACACAAAUCGUCGUCGUCGUCGCCGUCGCCGUCGCCACAUUGCGUCCUUCACAAUCAAUCAACGCAGAGUCUCAAUAAUGGUAUUAGCCUUGGUUCAAUUGUGCUGGUGCGUUCGCAUGGCACUUGCACCGUGCAAGACUGUGGCGGAGGCGCUGGGCAAAGUUGCUCCAGCUUUAACCUUGGAUACCAUCAUGUCACCAAGAAGCAAAGCAGCGUUGCCGCCGCCAAAAAGUGGGAAUGUGGGCGCAAGCAAAAUAUUCGUUUACUUUGCUUUACACUCUUUUAUUGUGUUUACUUAGCAAUUGGCAGUGUUUGCUUUCAAAUUGUGGAAACACCGGUCGAAGGGGAAUUGCGUGCUGCUGUGCGUUUGCUGCGCGCCAACUUCCUGCAAAAGUAUCCUCAAAUACCGGACGAAGAUCUCGAAGAGUUUCUCAAAGCUGUGAUUACGGCUAACGAUCGCGGCAUAUCACCGUUGCGCAAUGCCACAAAUGAAAUGAAUUGGAGCUUUGGGCAAGCAUUCUUCUUCUCCAGCACGGUGAUAACAACAAUCGGAUAUGGCCAUGUAACGCCACUUAGCCAAACAGGGAAAAUAUUUUGCAUAAUUUAUGCAGCCAUCGGCAUUCCACUCACGUUGGUGCUAUUGAGUGCUAUGGUGGAGCGCCUAUUAGUACCGGCCAGUUGGUUGUUGGGCAUUCUGAAUUCCAAAUUGGGUCAUCUCUAUCAGCCCUUCAAUAUACGGCUGCUGCAUCUAAGUGUUGUGGCCAUCAUUGUGAUUAUCCUAUUCUUCGCUAUACCAACGGCUAUCUUCGCUUACAUCGAACCAGCCUGGGGCGCUUUGGACUCAUUCUACUAUUGUUUCAUUUCGCUAACAACUAUUGGUUUGGGCGAUUAUAUACCCGGCGAUGGUGUUACUAUUGGCAAUCGUUCGAUGUAUAAAAUAUUCAUAAGCAUUUACUUAAUUUGUGGUCUCAUUGCAAUGAUGUUUGUGCUGACAAUCUUCUAUGAUAUACCGCAAUUAAAUCUUGGUCAACUCUUCACCGAGAGCACAAAUGGCGAAACGGAAAAAUUACGUUUGUCCAGCAAUAAUACAACUUGCUACUCCGGACCCUCUGGACUAUACAUGCCACAACGUGAUGAGGAUACUAGACGCGCGGUGGUACGUAUACGACCACAUGGUGACGAUUCGCCCAGCCCCGAUGAUGCGCCAUCCUCGCUAAAUAGCGAUAUGAGAGUGCCAUAGAUUGCAGAGCAAUAAGACAUACAUAUCUACAUAAGUAUGCGGAGAUAUAAAUGAAGCUGGUUUUAAAAAAGCGCCAACUAUGAAAAGGAAACAUUGUCACAUGUGGCGUUGUCUGACCCACUCACUAUAUAUCCUAGAAACAUUGAAAGAACAUUACAAAACUACUUAAAUAAAUCCAUAA